AUGUUUGAAAGGAUUGGCUCUAAAUUAAAUAGAACAUUUGUUGGAAAUUCAAAUAACAAAAAUGAAGUUUGUGAAUUAUGCAACUAAACUUUUGAUUGGUAUUAAUUAGUUUUUCUAGUAUCAAAGGAAACACAAAUAGCAUUCAUGUAAAAGAUGUCUUAGGCAUGUAUGUUACAAUUGUGGCCCUGAUAAAGCUAUUAUUCCUGCCCAUGAUUUAAAAACUCCUCAUAGAAUUUGUAAGAAUUGCAAAAAUGAUUCAAAAAAACAAGCUUAAUUUAUAGAUGAACAAAAAUGCAAGUUUGGAUAAUUAUCUGCAACAGGAAAAAAUUGGGCUAAGUUGGCUUAGGGUGAUGAGUAUAAAUUUAUACAUUUUUAGAGUCAUAAUAGAAAAGAUAUAAGAGGAAUACUAAAAAUCAUUAAAUAAAAUUCUCAAAAAUGCUAGCAAUGAAACAAAAUAAUAAAUUUAGGUAAAUUUACAAAGAUUUUUUAAAGAGGUAUAUUUAUUUAUUAUAAUUCGAUUUUAGAAUAAAAAAACUUUAAAUUAUUCUUUAUAUGACUGGAAUUAUAGAAUAUCCUAAGGAGAAUCAGAUAGUAUGUUAUAAUAAAAGAUAUCAAAUGUUUUACAUUGUUUUUUCUUAUCAAACCCUGUUAAAUUAACUAAAAAUCUUGUCUUUAUAACUACCUAUAUCUUAUAUUUUUGUGAUGAAGCAAUUUCAUUAACAUUAUUGUUAUUUUUACAUCAAAAAGUACUUCCUUCAAGAUUCUAAUAUCAUAAAUUAGAUGGGGAAGAAAAUAAACCUAUUGAAUAAGAAGUAAAAUUUUUAAUGGAUUGUAUGACGGAAUAAUCAAACACAACUUUGGAUCCUCUAAUUAAACCAAAAAUAAAAGAGUUUUUAGAAAAAUAUUCAACUGAUAUCUUAAUAAAUUUGAUGUUUAAUCACAUUGAAUUUUAUGUUGGAUAUUAUCUCUUCAAUGAAUUGCUUACAAAUAAAGACGUAAUUAUACUAACUACUUAAAUAGUUUUCUAUUUAUGAGAAAUUUUUAGCAAGUAUAUGUUUACAAUAAUAGAAAGCCAUUUUAGAACUUUAGGUUGAUGAAAUGCCACUCAAUAUUAUAAAGAAUAUUUAAAUAGAAUAGCUGAAAAGUUUCUUAUAAUUUGAGGAACAAUAAAAAAGAAAACAUAGAAGUAGUUUGAAUAGUAAAGAUUAAUUAAACUAAUAUGCAUAAUUAAUAAUUUAAUAAUAAUAAUAAAAAGCUUAAAAGGAACAAGAAUAACAAAGACAAUCAAUCAAUUAUAGUUCAAUAGAAUCUUUAUUAGAAUCAUUUAUUGGAUUGAUAAAAGACAAUUCAAAUUAAAAAAUAGAGUCUUUAAUAACAAAUGAAAAAUAUGAUUCUAAUAAGAAUUAAAUUCUAGAGCUAUAUGAAGCUAUUAAGAAAUAAAAAGAAGAAUUGGCAAAUUUGAAAAACUCUAUUACUUAUGGAAAAUUAGAUUAAGAUGUCGAAUCUGAAGAUUUUUAUUCAAGAUUAUCAAGAAGUUCGAUAAAAUCAGAAAAUGCUGAUAAAGUUUUUAAUUAAAAAGAAUUAUAAGAAAAAAACACUACAAUUAAUUAGUUGGAGGAUAAAAUAAAAUAAUAAUAAAAUUUAAUUUAAAAUUUUAGAGAUCAACAACAAUAACUGGAAUUAGAUAAUUUUGCAUCUGUAAGUAGUUUAAAAUCUCAAUUAUAAAAUGAAUAAAAAGAAAAAUAAGAAAUAAAUAUGAAAUCUUUUGAAUAAAAGGAAGAGAAUUACAAGUAUUUAAUCUCUAAAAUGCAUACAGAAAUUAGUAAUUUAAAAUUACAAAUUAAUAAUUUAUAAAUUCAAUUAUAAUAAGUUUAGAAAAACAAAAUUGAUUAUGAAAGCUAAUUGAAAGAAAAAAUAUAAAAAGAAUAUGACUAAGAGGUAUAAAAAUUAAUAGAGGAAAGAUUGUAAUUAUAUCAAAAAAUAUCUUAAUUUUAACAAUAAAAUUCAUAAAUUAAUAUAAAAUACGAGUAAAAAGAUCAAGAGACAAAAGAACUAAAGAUACAACUUGCUGAAUUAAAAUAAAUUGCAGAGGAAAUGAGUUAAUUAUGUGCAAGAAAAAAUGAAUAAACUGAAAAAUUAAAUAAACAUAUUGAUGAUUUAAAUAUUCAAAUUUAGGGUAUGAAAAGAAAAGAUUUUGAUUAAAAUUAUAAAUAAGCUUAAGUUUAACCUAACAUUUUAAAAGAAUUACAAGAAAAUAAUAUGCAAAUGAGAAAUAAUCUUCUCUAAAAAGAGAAAGAACUAUUUAAUUUGAAAUAAAAGUUUGUAGAAGUUAAUUAAUUGAAAAUUGAAUAUUUUGAUAAAAUGCAAAAUUAUGAAAGAAACAAUAAAGAAAUAAAUUAAGCCUUAAAAUAGUAUGAGGGAAAGGAAAUUUAUGAAUUGAAUUCUUUUUAUGAAUAGAAAAUUUCAUUAUUAGAAAAAAAUCAUUUAGAAUAAAUGAAUAGGUUACUGUCAUAAUUUAAUUAACCAAAAGAAGAAGAAUAAAGAAUAUAAUCUAUCUCAUAAACAUUAAGAGAUACUUAGACUCUGUUAGAGAACUAAAAAACUGAUGAGUAAUAAGGAGAUUUAAUUAAUGGAUAAACUGAUGAUUGCUAGAUAUUUUGA